UUGCCUGGGAUAGAAUCGUCACAACCGUGUGUAUACGCUCGGAAAACCACCCUUCCCCAGCUGUUCCAAUAGCGUCACUGACGACACAGAAUGAGAGGGAGGCAGCAGUUCGGGAUCCUCAACCUUCUACGAGUCUAGAAAUAACUCCUCUCCUCCUGGCAAAGCCACGGAACGCGUAUUUUCAGAACAAAGUUUGCAUUUCACUUAACUUAGGUCGACAAUUCCGGUACAUUUUGAUUGACGAAUUGUACUGUGGGUUCGAUGCCUUUGACUCUGGUCCGGACUCAGUCGGCCCGGACAUGCCUAGUUCCGAGCUGGUGACGGACUUUGUGAGAAGUGUGCUUCUGGCACGGAAAUCCGGAAGAGGAGAGCUUACCGAUUCCCCCAUCGAGUGGCAAAACGAGAUUCAGACUCUUCAGGGACACUGCGCCGUGAUGAGCACCGUGUCGCUGACCACUUCCACCUUUAGGGCCAGCUCGGAUAAGCUGAGCGACAACGCCUCCACCUCGUCUUCCACCACUACCACCACCAAGAAGCAGCAGAAGCAGCUGCUCAAGAACUUCACCAGGAGCUACAGCUUGACUAGCAGCAGCUGCACCAACAGUGAGGACAACGCGGCCUUCAAACUAUCUUCCGCUGAUCGGAGAUUUUCUUUCGACGAUAUUCUUGACGAGAAGGAAGAGGACUUCAAACCAGAGAGGACUUCUUCCUUGUCCGAACUUCUGAAUUCUUCCGAAGGCGACAUUCGGGUGGAACAUAAGAGUCGAGACUUUGUCCGUCAGUCUUCCCGCACGUCGUCGACAGAGACCAUGUCUAGCGGCGAGAACAAGAAGUGCAUCUUCUCCAAGAAGAAAGUCAUGCACGACAUCUCAUCAUCGCUCUCAUCACUUUCAAAAGAGAUGACAAUUUCGUCUAAAGCUUCGUGCACGAAAUCGUCUCAGUCCGCUCAAAAUCUUCACCAAGCGGCAGUGAACGAAACUAAAGGAAAGACAUGCCAGAUGUCCAUGGUUCUGCAGAGAUCUAAGCAAAGUUCGCCUUGCAAGAUGAGUCCAAGCCGUCCACCUCAAGCCCCUAAAAUCCAGCCUAACCAUGUCCAAGAAGACCUCGAUCUUUUACUGAAGGGAGUGGAAUCUCCAGAGCUGGCCUUGGCCAUGGGGCGCAUCAUAGCCAGGAUGGACGCCCUAGGGGAUGACCUUAAGGCCAAUACUAGCGCUAGAGGUGCCUUUACUGACGAUGUGUUUUGUGAAAUCACAGAUAACAAGACGGACAAUCGGAGGAGUGAGUUAAUGACACUGGCUGCAAUGAAUGACCUCAUCCGGAAAGCGUGGGCGGUCAGCACCAUCGGAUAUGACUUGGGAUCUAGUCUUUGCAAAAGUCUCUUAAACAAAGGAGUUUUGGACAUUUUGCUGAAAAACUUCAAUUCAGACGACAGCACGAUCCAGUUCGAAAGUGCUCGACUGCUGGAACAAUCUCUAACAACGGAAAAUCGAGCUUACGUGGUCAAGCAUGGACUUGCAACGGUGGUCAAAGUGGCCUGCGAAUGCUCGAAAUCGCCGUGCGUCGAAAAAUCUAGAAUUGGCACGGGGAUAUUGGAACACCUCUUCAAAAAUUCCGAAGAGACGUGUCACGAGGUUAUUCGACUCGGUGGACUUUCAGCUAUCCUUUACGAAUGCAGGAACUGUGACGUUGAAACUCUGAGACACUGUGCAGCGGCUCUGGCCAACCUUUCCCUCCAUGGAGGACCAGAGAACCAAGAGGCCAUGAUACAACAUAAGGCUUCUGAAUGGUUGUUUCCGCUGGCCUUCCACUCAGACGACAACAUCAAGUACUACGCCUGCCUGGCAAUAGCAGCUCUGGUAGCGAACAAAGAAAUCGAGGCAGCUGUUCUUAGGUCUGGAACUUUGGAUCUAGUGGAACCUUUUGUUACUGGACAUUCUCCGGAGGAGUUCGCUCAAAGCACUGUCGCCCACGUGCACGGACAGUCCAAGAACUGGCUCCUCAAACUGGUGCCUGUGCUCUAUAGUAAAAGGGAAGAAGCUCGUAGUUUGGCUGCGUUCCAUUUUGCUAUGGAAGCCGGCAUCAAAAAGAGACAAGGCAAUACAAACGUUUUCCACGAUAUCGGUGUCGUAAACGCUUUGAAGAAAGUCGCCAGCUCCCCCAACGCUAUCGCAUCCAAGUACGCCGCCCAGGCUCUGCAACUGAUAGGAGAGCAAGUGCCUCACAAACUCUCUCAACAAGUGCCUCUCUGGACGGUGGAGGAUGUGGUUGAAUGGGUCAAGCAGAUAGGCUUUUCUCGCUAUAGUCAAGAGUUCCUGAACAGCAAAGUAGAUGGUGAUCUUUUACUACAACUAAGUGAAAAAUCUCUUAGCGAAGACAUAGGUAUAGCAAACGGAAUCCUCAGAAAAAGAUUCCAACGCGAGCUUAACCAAUUGAAAAGACUGGCGGACUACUCGUCGUGCGACACUUCCGGACUGAGUUCUUUCCUCCAGGGUCUGGGCCCAGAAUUCUGCCAAUACACCUACCAGAUGCUGUUAAGUGGCGUACACGUCAAAGAUCUCAAGGAUCUCACUCCCGAGCAGCUUGAAACGGAGUGCGGCAUUUCAAACAGCAUCCACCGAAUGAGAAUCAUGCACAUGGUCAAAGGCAUGCAUUCUAGUCGAAAUGGUGUAGAAUAUGAAGAGGGUCCAAAUCCUAAAAGCCUCGAUGUUUUCAUCAGUUAUAGAAGAUCUAGUGGAUCACAGUUAGCUAGUCUAUUAAAAGUCCAUCUUCAACUGCGAGGCUUCUCUGUAUUCAUUGACGUGGAGAGGCUCGAGGCGGGAAAGUUCGACAACAACCUGCUCAACAGUGUCCGACAAGCCAGGCAUUUCAUCUUGGUUCUUACUGCAAAUUCUCUGGACAGGUGUAUUAACGACACAGAUUGCAAAGACUGGGUGCAUAAGGAAAUAGUGGAAGCCUUAAAGAGUCAGUGCAACAUCAUUCCCAUCUUGGAUAACUUCCAAUGGCCAGAGGUAGAAUCCUUGCCUGAAGAUAUGAGAGCAAUUCCUUAUUUUAAUGGAGUAAGAUGGAUCCACGAUUAUCAAGAUGCCUGUGUGGAUAAACUAGAAAGGUUCAUGCGAGGCGAAUUGAACGUCAGAGUGGAUGGACCCAUAGGACGACAUCUGGGAAUGGGAGGUUCAGCAACACCAGGCACACCAGGGUCUAUACCUAGGCCUUUGCCUCACAACAGUUACCACAGAAGUAAUAGUAACGACAGUGACAGCAACAGCAGAUGAUCCAUCUUAUCUUAAAAUAAAACUUUUGGAAAGACUGCCAUUUUCAACAUAAAUAUGUGUUGAUGUGUGUGCCCAACAGUAAAGGGAAUCUGAAUCAUUUAGUAGUGAUGUAGUUUUAAGUUUUGACGCCAGGAGCAUAUAAACAUUGACUGUUUCACAUAUGUGAAAUGUAUCUUUGCUCCCUUGGAAGUAGUAUCACCCAGGACAACCUCGCGAUCCCUUCCUGCCUUCUUCAUUAUGCAAAUAUUUUGGUGGGAGGGAUGAGCUGUAUGUCGAUUUAAAUUCUUUUGUUGUAAAUAAUGAAAGCAUGAUUGAGGCCAUGCUAUUUUUCGAAGAUUUUUUGUGUGUGUUGAAAUUGAAAGCAUGCCAACACAUGCCGAAAAAUUUGGGUUGAAUACAGUUUUUGCCAUCCAGUUAAUUUUUGUAUAGGUUUUUCCUAAAUGGCAGCAUGCAGGUGUGGCAUCUGGCAUCCACGAAUGCCCAAGACUGAACACAAUACGAAGUGUGAAAUCUUCAAAAUGAAACUUGUUUUUCUGAGCUGUAUGAAAAAUCAAACAUUAUUGCUUGAGAUGUUCAUUUGUAAAUAUAUCAUACGAUUUCGCUUUCCAGCAUUUUCCAGUAGAAGAAAUAUUAAUUAAAUGUUUUCUCUGAAGUGAGUUUUGUAUGCAGUUAUUGUAGAAUGAUCGCAAAUGGAUUAGUUUGCUAUUAUUCUAUAAUUAACGGCAAAUUCAUAGCAUUAAAGCAUAUUAAAGAAUUAAUUAUAAAGCAUAUUAAAGAAUAAGAUUAUUUUAAAUAAUCGAAAGAAAAAGGGAACACCUAAUCAUUAUACUUUAAUUUAUGAGGUAUCUGAGAGCAAUAUGGCCAUUUUUAUUUCAAAUUAAAGUUAUGGUGGUUUCAAUAAUAAGGUAUAAAAAAAAUAAAAGGUGAUUAUUGGUGCUAUUUAUCCCCAACGUUUUUAAAGAAAAUUUUAUUUUUACUUUUAAAUUUUCCUUACUACUUUUUUUUGAAAGAAAUAUUGCUACUUUCUUAUUUUUUUUUAAAUAAAUCCAUUCAGCCUUCACCUGCUGAGUAUUAUUUAAAUUAAAAAAAAAAAGAAACUUCCUGAAAUUGAUACUUUUUCAAUUGAUUAAAUAUAUAUUUCAAUUAAUCAAAAAAGAAUCCCUUUUUAACAAAUUCCAAAAUGCUAUCAGAAUUGAAGCACCCAAAAAGUUUAAAACGAAGGUAAAAAAAAUUCCGAGUUAGAGCAAAAUAAAUUUCUUGAAUUUUGACGGAAUAAUAGCAAAUAGAUAUUACAAGCACUUGUGGCUUUAUUUCUCUACAACAAAAUUCGCGAAAACUCUCAUUCAUAUAAAAAAAUACACUGCCAUAAUAGUAAAGAGCAGUAGAAACUUAUCAAAGUUCCAUAGCCCAUUGAUUUUUUAAAUUUAUUAUUACCAGGUAAAUUUACAAGAUAUGAGGAUAAAUAUAAGCGAUCAAAGUGAGGACAGCUGCUUUGGAAGGCAAGCAGCUUGUAUUCUUUCAUUCACAGAAAAUGUUACUGGACUCAUUCAGAACCCCUGUAGCAUUUUCGUAGCUUUCUUUUCAAGAUAGUUGAGUAUUUUUAGUAGUAAAAGUGUAAUCUGAUGUUCAUAUCGAAUGUUUCGAGAUUACUCUCAUAUAUUUUAUCAACAAAAUUUAUGAAAUAGUUCCUAUUUUCUUAUUAAUUAAUAUGAAAAUCUUUUCGUCUUACUAGAAAUAUAUUACAAAUUUUUGUAACAGAAUGAUAUUUUAGUAAAUAUAUAGUGUUGUGCGCCAAAGUUAUUGCUGCAAAUUUAUAACUUUGCUACAAGUAAAUAUAUAUA